AUGAAUAAAGAACUUAAUAUAGAGAAGAAGGGAUUGCAAUUAGAUGAGAAAUCUAAUCGAAAACAUAGUUUAUCUGAUAUAUCCAAAUGUACUGAUGAAAUAGAAUGUGAAACAGCUAAAAAGAUUAAAACAACCCAAGAUCCAUUUACACUUGCUUCUUCUACCAGUUGCAAUAAUAAAACUGAAGAACAAGAUGAGCAAAUUGAAAUCGAUCUUAUUGAUAUUAAGAAACAGUUAGAAAUAGAGCUAUUAAUUGAGAUAUGUAAAUAUGAAGUUCAACUUAAUCAUGCUGUAUGUAGUACAAAAAAAUGGCCUGACUUUUUCUGUGUUGUUAAUGAUAUACCUAUACUUAAUUCUGAGAUUAAACUUCUCGGAGUAACAUCAUUUAGAAAGAAGAAAGAUUUUGUAAAAUUGCAUUUAAUAGCAAAAAAGUUAAUAAAUCAACAACUAAACCUAAAAGGAGGUCUUGGAGUGGCAGGAUUACUAAUAAACAUAGAUAUUAUGCAAUGA